CAUACAAAUGCCUUCCACCAAGCUGUAAGUAUAUUUAUAUAUAUACCCUUUAAUUCUAGGUUUUCUUCACCUUCAUUUUUGAAUUAUCUUUUUUUAGUUUUUACCAUCCACGACCCCCAUUGCUGAAAACCCAGAAAGAAAAAUAUGGGGAGAGGAAGAGUGGAGCUGAAGAGGAUAGAAAACAAGAUUAACAGACAAGUGACCUUCUCUAAGAGAAGAAAUGGCUUACUCAAGAAAGCUUAUGAGCUUUCCGUGCUUUGUGAUGCUGAGAUUGCUCUUAUCAUCUUCUCCAAUCGCGGCAAGCUCUAUGAGUUUAGCAGCUCAGGUAUGACCAAGACCCUUGAGCGAUAUCAACGUUGCUGCUUUAUUCCUCAUGACAAUACCCAUGAACGUGAAACUCAGAGUUGGUACCUAGAAGUAAUCAAGUUGAAUGCAAAAUAUGAAGCACUGGAACGCACUCAAAGGCAUUUGCUUGGAGAAGAUCUUGGACCAUUGAAUAUGAAAGAACUGCAUAACCUUGAGAAGCAACUUGAAGGAGCUCUUGCAAGGGCUAGACAACGGAAGACACAGAUUAUGAUGGAACAAAUGGAUGACCUACGCAAAAAGGAGCGUCAGCUUGGAGACCUUAACAAACAGCUGAUAGUCAAGCUUGAAGCAGAAGGACAAAACCUGGAAACAAUCCAGGGUUUAUGGAGUUGUUGUGGUGCAGAAGCAACUGAAAACUUUCCUCUGCAUCUGUCUCAGACACAACCUACGGAAUGUGAUCUUCAACCUGUUUUGCAAAUAGGGUAUCAUCACUAUGUUGAGGCUGAAGGAUCUUCAGCCCCCACAGGCAUGGCUGGUGAGACCAAUUUCAUCCAUGGAUGGGUCAUUUGAGCCCUCCAUCGAUCUACACAACUAUAUACAUAUAUAGAUAUUGUGAUUUCUUCUCUUGCUUAUUGUUUUUUUGUAAUUCUGUCAACAUCUAUAUAUAUAUAUAUAUAUAUAUAUAUAACAUGUUACUGUUAUAUUUCAGGCACUACAAUACCCAUUUGAGCCUUCAAGACCGUCUUGUAGGCUUACUGUAGCCCUUAUGUAUAAGUUAUUUAAUAUAGUUUUAGUGCGAACAUAUUACUCUAUAAAUCUCUCUUGAAUUUAGUA